AUCACAGCCACAGCUGCCAGUAUUGGUGCAGCUGGAAUUCCGCAGGCCGGACUGGUCACCAUGGUGAUCGUGCUAACCUCAGUGGGCCUGCCCACUGAUGACAUCACACUUAUCAUUGCUGUGGAUUGGGCGUUGUAAGUACACAACGCUUCUGUUUGGUCUUCACGCCCAGUUUCUAUUUAUAUUUGACAUAAUAAAAGUUGAUAAAGGGUGAAUAAAGUUAAACCUAAGCAAAGUUGGCCGUAUUUUACAAAGUCAAUAAAAAACUGGUUUUAUAGAAUCUUAUUAUUAAGAAUAACAUUGUACUGAGAUAUUACGAGAAGUUGAUUUUAAAAUAUAUACUAUAGUGAUCUCAAUAUGCCACAAAAACUGUGGUACUGUAAUGUGUUACUAGUGCUCUCACAACACUACUAGACUGUAGCUUCAGUGUGUGUGCAGUGCACCAACAGAGCCUCCCACCACCACCAAGGCAGCUGAACCUAUUUUUGUGUUCCAGAGACCGUUUCAGGACCAUGGUCAACGUGAUGGGAGACGCUCUGGCCACGGGGAUCAUGGCUCACAUCUGUAGAAAAGACUUUAUCAAGGAGGGAGAGCAGGUGAGAGAAACUCUGUUUCUCAAUAUGCAUUCUACCGUACACUCAUGCUCCGAGUGCAUUCUCUGAAGACGUUCUCUUGAGUACGUCCUUGUGAGGACGAGAGUGUGGAGAAUGCAUAAAACAUUACAUUUGAGAAGCACUCGCACUCCCCCUACUGUAUUACCUCACGCUUCACCUCCCCAUUCACUGAACCUUCUUCCAGCCAGGACAAUCGUAACAAUAGACGAAACAAGAUAUACACAAAGCAAACGUUUUACUUCAUAACUAUCUUCUAGCUAGCUAUAGUGCAUUCGGAAAGUAUUCAGACCCCUUUACUUUUUCCACAUUUUGUUACGUUACAGCCUUAUUCUAAAAUGGAUUUAAUAUAAAAAUGUCCUCAUCAAUCUAUUUACAUAGGUAUUCAGACCCUUUGCUAUGAGACUCGAAAUUGAGUUCAGGUGCAUCCUGUUUCCAUUGAUCAUCCUUGAGAUGUUUCUACAACUUGAUUGGAGUCCACUGUGGAAAAUUCAAUUAAUUGGACAUGAUUUGGAAAGGCACACACCUGUCUAUAUAAGGUCCCACAGUUGACAGUGCAUGUCAGAGCAAAAACCAAGCCAUGAGGUCGAAGGAAUUGUCCGUAGAGCUCCGAGACAGGAUUGUGUCGAGGCACAGAUCUGGGGAAGUGUACCAAAACAUUUCUGCAGCAUUGAAGCUUCCUAAGAACACAGUGGCCUCUAUUCUUAAAUGGAAUAAGUUUGGACCUACCAAGACUCUUCCUAGAGCUGGCCGCCAGGCCAAACUGAGCAAUCGGGGGAGAAGGGCCUUGGUCAGGGAGGUUACUAAGAACCCAAUGGUCACUCUGAGAUGGGAGAUGGGAGAACCUUCCAGAAGGACAAACAUCUCUGCACCAUUCCACCAAUCAGGCCUUUAUGGUAGAGUGGCCAAACGGAAGCCACUCCUCAGUAAAAGGCACAUGACAGCCAGCUUGGAGUUUGCCAAAAGGCACCUAAAGGACUCUCAGACCAUGGGAAACAAGAUUCUCUGGUCUGAUGAAACCCAGAUUGAAGUCUUUGGCCUGAAUGCCAAGCAUCCCUAUGGUGAAUCCCUAUGGUGGUGGCAGCAUCAUGCUGUGGGGAUGUUUUUCAGCGGCAGGGACUGGGAGACUAGUCAGGAUCGAGGGAAAGAUGAACGAAGCAAAGUACAGAGCGAUCCUUGAUGAAAACUUGUUCCAGAGUGCUCAGGACCUCAGACUGGGGCGAAGGUUCACCUUCCAACAGGUCAACGACACACAGCCAAGACAACGCAGCAGUGGCUUCGGUACAAGUUUCUGAAUGUACUUGAGUGGCCCAGCAAGAGCCCGGACUUGAACCCGAUCAAACAUCUCUGGAGAGACCUGAAAAUAGCUGUGCAGCGACGCUCCCCAUCCAAAUUGUAGCGUCAUACCCAAGAAGACUCGAGGCUGUAAUCACUACCAAAGGUGCUUCAACAAAGUACUGAGUAAAGGGUCUAAAUACUUAUGUAAAUGGAAUUUAAACGUUUUUUAUUUGUAAUAGAUUUGCAAAAAAAUAAAAAAAACAGUUUUUGCUUUGUCAUUAUGGGGUUUUGUGUGUACAGUGGGGAAAAAAUGAUUUAGUCAGCCACCAAUUGUGCAAGUUCUCCCACUUAAAAAGAUGAGAGAGGCCUGAAAUUUUCAUCAUAGGUACACGUCAACUAUGACGUAUGGUCAGAUGAAACCAAAAUAUAACUUUUUGGUAAAAACUCAACUCGUCGUGUUUGGAGGACAAAGAAUGCUGAGUUGCAUCCAAAGAACACCAUACCUACUGUGAAGCAUGGGGGUGGAAACAUCAUGCUUUGGGGCUGUUUUUCUGCAAAGGGACCAGGACGACUGAUCCGUGUAAAGGAAAGAAUGAAUGGGGCCAUGUAUCGUGAGAUUUUGAGUGAAAACCUCCUUCCAUCAGCAAGGGCAUUGAAGAUGAAACGUGGCUGGGUCUUUCAGCAUGACAAUGAUCCCAAACACACCGCCCGGGCAACGAAGGAGUGGCUUCGUAAGAAGCAUUUCAAGGUCCUGGAGUGGCCUAGCCACAUCAACACCCAAGAGAUCCACAGAUUUAUAUUGCACUCCACACUGCCCUCACCCACAUUGACAAAAUGAAUACCUAUGGAAGAAUGAUGUUUAUUGACUACAGCUCAGCAUUCAACACCAUAGUCCCUCCAAAGCCCAUUACCACGCUCAGGACCCUGGUACUGAACACCUCCCUCUGCAACUGGAUCCUGGACUUCCUGACGGGCUGCCCCCAGGCGUUGAGGGUAGGCAACAACACAUCCGCCACGCUGACCAUCAACAUGUGGGCCCCUCAGGGGCAGGGGCGGCCUGUUCAAUAGGGCGAUAUGGGCGACGCACUGCCAAACGGGAAAAGGAAGGGAUUUUUUUUCUAAUCAAUUAUAUCACGGCAACAGUAGUUAUCAGUGUUGUAAUCUAUACGUCUGAUCUGCCACAGUGCCACACUGCCACUAAAUGUCGAAUCAGGCUAAAGUCGUGCUUCAAAUGGCUCCCCCCCCUUUUGGGGCGAUUUCAGUCAGGUUGAAAAUCGCCCAGAAGUCUCUCAUAGCCUCUAAUGUAAAAUCUAUUUUUUUCAAAUUUCAGAGCCUUCAAUACAAUCUCUAUGGGUGUCUGAGGGCUUGCACUUACGCGCUUUCGUCAUACGUAACGUAACGUAACCAUGAACGUAACUGAGAAAAGAGCGGAUUGUGUCUUUGAAAGAAGUUCCUUUUUGUCGGCGAACAAAUGAAGAUAAAUUGGCAACGAAACAAUUAGGACCUCCCAGACCAAAUUUAAUAAUUCAACAGGUUUCUACUAAAGGCGGAAAGUCCUACACCCGAGGAUUUUCCAAAAAUUGGUACGAACGGAAAAAUAACAUUGCCACUCAACUUGAUGAGGGAUACAGGCUAGCUGUCCGCCGCCACAACGAUGAGGUUAGUGUUGAUAAUCACAAGUUUACUGGAGAACUGAGACCAAGUAGAGACUUUGGACAGGGUGGAUAUGGUAUAAUAAAGGCAGUUUAUUCAGAGGUAAAGAUAUCUGGAAUCGCGUGCACGGACCCGUUCGUCAAACUCUUAGGGAGCUAUAAAUUAAGCCCCAUUACUUACCAUAUCAGAUAAGAGAAAUUGCUGCAGCUACAUAUAUUUUACAUCCUGGCCCUACAUAGUUCACUAUUUGCAUCACUUACCAAAAUAUUACAUGUGGUCAUAUAUGCUUGGAAAGUGGAGAUGCCAUAGAACGUCAAAAAAGUAAACAUUGCUGGAGACACAUUGCCGUUUUGGAGAAGACAUCGCGUUUGCUAGCGAAGAGAUUUGUUGUGGCAAAUGAACUUGGGCUGGGAUAAGAUAUAUGCAUCAGCAUUGCGAGUCUCAUGAUUCUAUACGUAUUGCGAUUCGAUACUGUGAUUUUAUUGCGCACCAUAUGUCUGUUGCAGAGGGAUCAGAAAGCCAUGAGAACGAGUUUUGAUCAGUCAUGGAAAUAAAAGUGCUGAAAACAAAUUGGCUCCCAAUGUGAAAAGAUUGAGAACAAGCUAUGAAGGAACAAUAAUGGUGUUUUGGUGCAGGUACAGCCAACUAGCGCUAAAAUAUUGCGAUAUUGUCAAUACAGUAUAUCGUAAAGUAUCACUAUGUAACUCGAUUUCUUUCACCCCAAUCCCUCAAAUUAACGGUAAAUAACUGAAUUGUUUGCCCCACAUUUAGCUAAGAUGAUUAGCUAGCCAGCUAAAAUGUUUUAUUUAGUUAGCAGUCGCAUCUACAAUAGUUUACUGUCAAUAACAUGUCUCCAAAAAUGACGUGGUGUCUCCAAUUGUGUUGACAUUUUACAAUUGCGAUGCGCAUCCAUGAGUAUCCACUUUCUGUAGCUCAGCUGGUAGAGCACGGCGCUUGUAACGCCAAGGUAGUGGGUUCGAUCCCCGGGACCACCCAUACACAAAAAUGUAUGCACGCAUGACUGUAAGUCGCUUUGGAUAAAAGCGUCUGCUAAAUGGCAUAUUAUUAUUAUUAUUAUUAUUAUUAUCUGAAGAGAGCCCCGAAACAUUGUGUGCUGACAUUUUAUGCAAUAAAUGAAGUAGGUUGAAUCUAGUAGUUCUGAUCUUCUGAUUGGUCCUGAUGAGUUGGGCGAGGUCCCCUCCAGGCUACUGUCACUGUUGCAUUGGCUCUGAGUCGGGUUCUCUGUCUUCAAAUGUUCAGCCUAAGAGAGGGGAUUUUUGUGUGUGUGUGUGUGUGUGUGUGUUUAACAGUGAUGAUGUGUGUGUGUGUGUGUGUGUGUGUGUGUGUGUGUGUUUAACAGUGAUGAUGUGUGUGUGUGUGUGUGUGUUUGUGUGUGUGUGUGUGUGUGUCCUCAGAGCAAGAACUCGUGAGUUGGAAGAACUGAGAGGCCUAUGGCGUGGGUGUUGUCCUUGGCCACCUGCUGACAAGGCUGACAAGAUAGGACCCUUUUGUCCAUUGUUAUUGGAUAGGAACAGAACUUAUAACCAGCUCCUGACCUAAAUAGAUCUUAGCACAACAUUUUACUCAACAUAUCAUAUUCCAUAUUCACUAUAACAAAUAUAUUUACUACGACAUUAGCAAGAACCGCCACAUCCUCAGCCGGCUAAUCCAGUGUGUGAAGUUUUGCGGCGUGUUUGAGUUAGCUUUGCGAGGCAAAGAUGAAACUGAGGGCUCCACCAACCCUGGUAAGCCAACACUUUUGAGAUCAGUCAAUAAAUGCUUCUGGUAUUGACUUAUAUGCUGCCCCUGUCUUCAUGUUGUUGCUGGACAUAUCUUUUUUAAAAUGUGUGUAGGUCACCUAAAUCAUCAGAAAAAUUGCCCCCCCUGAGAAUUUUUUCAGGAGCCGCCAAUGCUCAGGGGUGUGUGCUUAGUCCCCUCCUGUGAUUUGAUUGAUUUACCAAAACCCUCAUGACAAGCUGAAAUCGCUGAGGCGUACACCUUCAUAGUGGACCAAAGGCGGCAAUGCGCAUUGGCUCACGACGCGAACAGAUCUAUGUCGGCUCUCCCGAACAGUGCUACUCGUUAUCCCGAGGACCCCCUUGAGACAUGAGGUCCGCCCCCUCAUUGAGGUAGUCUGGGAUAUGACGGGCUGUCAAGGAGUGAAGGCGCCAGUGCACCCACAACCACAAUCUCUUUGCCAGCUGGUAGAGCGCAACACAUUGCGGCCCUGAAGCCUAGGAGCGAAAUGUUGCAGAACCAUCAGCACCGUCUCUUGCUCUAGGAGAUUGAUGUGGCGAUUCUCCAAUGGAGGCCACACAUCCCCCACUGCUCGAUUCUGGCAUGUCCCCCCCAUCCAGUCAGAGAAGCAUCUGUAUAGACUGGAAUGUGAGAGGAGACUCUUCCCAUCAGGACACCACGUGUACAGAUCCGCCCUGAGGUUGCUGGGAACGACCAACAGCCGGCGACGAUGACGCACAGGGUCUAGUCGCAAGUAAGCCAACACUCCCAAGUAAGCCAACAUUACGCACUUGGGGCCAGGGAGUACCUAAACGGCUCCCUCAUGUAUUCGUACAAUAUUCCCCGGAAGUCGAAGCAGAGAAACUUCCCGUGGCACAGUUUCACCGGCACAUGAAAGUACACGUCCUUCAGGUCUAUACUCUUGCAAAAGUUGUUUAGGUGGAUACAUUCCAUCAGACGCUUUGACGUGAGCGAAAAGGCUGUUUGGCUAAUCUCUCGGUCAGGGUGCGCUGGCCAGUGGUGGAAAAAGUACCCUAUUGUCAUACUUGAGUAAAAGUGUAGAUACCUUAAUAGAAAGUUACUCAAGUAAAAGUGAAAGUCACCCAGUAAAAUAGUACUUGAGUAAAUGUCUAAAAGUAUUUGGUUUUAAAUAUACUUAAGUAUCAAAAGUAAAUAUAAUUGCUCAAAUAUACUUAAGUAUCAAAAGUAGAAGUAAAAGUAUAAAUAAUUUCAAACUCCUUAUGUUAAGCAAAGCAGACUGCUCCAUUUUCUUGUUUUUAAAAUUGACGGAUAGCCAGGGGCACACUCCAAUACUCAGACAUUAUUUGCAAAAGAUGUAUUUGUGUUUAGUGAGUCCACCAGACCAGAGGCAGUACGGAUGACCACGUGUUCUUUUGAUAAGUGCAUGAAUUUCACAAUUUUCCUGUUCUGCUAAGCAUUCAAAAUGUAACGAGUACUUUUGGUUGUCAAGGAAAAUGUAUGGAGUAAAAAGUACAAUAUUUUCUUCAGGAAUGUAGUGAAGUAAAAGUAAAAGUUGUCAAAAAUAGAAAUAAUAAAGUAAAGUACAGAUACCCCCAAAAAUGACUGAAGUAGUACUUUAAAGUAUUUUUACUUUAAAGAGGCUCAGUCUUUUUUGGAACCACGAAAUAGGGCGAGUAAAGCCCCUUGUUUCUCUGUUCCGAGGGAACCACUGUAUCCGCCUCCUUUGACAGUAGCUCCGCAAUCUCUAAUUUUAGAGCCGCGACUUUCUCUGUCGAUGACAUCACCAUCUCCACCACUCCCGUGUAGGGAGGAGGAGACCAGUGAAAUUGGAUAGUGUAACCCAGUCUUAGCGUUUGUUUUAACCAGGAUGGAGAGUGCUGCUUUGACGCCACUCCCAAUAAUGCUGCGAGAGCAGGAGAGCGUGCAGCUGGGGAACGUUUAGUAGAAACUAUCUGUAUUCCUCUAUGGUCCUGCCCGCCACUGGCCACUGGUCGUAACACGGUGGCACAGCCCAUGGUGGCCCCUUGUGAAAGGGAGAGGAAACAGCCUGGUUCUGUGGAAGCCGGCGGUGCUGAUACAAUGGUUACAUGCGUAACGCCAGUAACAGCGCCUCCUGAUAGCAUAGAGCCAUGCUCAGGCUGUGGGCUCAUAUGUGGGCCAGAGGUUGUCCCCGCUGCCUGCCAAAAAGAGGCUGCUGGCGGGUCGGAACCCUUGCUGUCACACGCGCUGUUUGCUCUGACGAGUGCCGGGUGCAUGAACCAGAGUUAUGUGUGUCUAUGACCGGGGGCCGGACGCCUCUGGAUAGAUAGAGAGAGAGAGGGAGAGGAGCAACCUGAGAGAUCUUAGGUUUGCCAUGGAAAAAGGGCUCUUUUGUGUCAUUGUCCUAAAAUAAUGCCAUCUCUUUAUUACAAAUAGACAAAGUAUCCAACAGGAGGGUGAGGAAUGACAGAAGGAAAGCCGGCUACAGUCGGGUCCUCCAUCUGCUCCCCCGCGUUGCGUCAAACGCAGCGUCGCUUCUGAUCACGAGGGUUUUGCCUUUGUGCUUUUGCCGGCGUGUACUGCUGGGCAGGAGGGUCGGCGCUGGGGCAGCUGGAACAGCAGGAGUGUUGCUUGGAGCUGUCGCCUAGCGGCAGGCAUGCCGCUGAGCUGUAGACCCCGGUCUCUGGGAAGAGGAGGAUGAGGAGGACAGCUGCCGGUGCUGCGCGGCUGACGUAGCCAGAGGCAGAUAUUUAGCCAGCUGCUUCCUCCCUCCAAUUUUCUAAAGCGCUCAGUCGCCUGCACCACGGCGGCCCCGUAAAGGGCUUUCUUGGAAAUAGGCGCGUUGAGCAGCUUGUUUCUCUCCGGCUAAUUCAUGGCAGUGAGAGAGAGCCACAGGUGCUGGUGAGUCACGAUAGAUGUAGCCAUUUCCCGUCCAGCGCAGAUGAGCAACAGCGUCUUUGAUUUGAAUUUCUUCAGUGAAGAACGCCUAAAGAAUGGCUGCAUCACCACUUGGUAUGGCAACUGCUCGAUAUCCGACCACAAGGCACUACAGAGGGUAGUGUGUACGGCCCAGUACAUCACUGGGGCCGAGCUCCCUGCCAUUCAGGACCUCUAUACCAGGUGGUGUCAGAGGAAGGCCCUAAAAAUUGUCAAAGUCUCCAACCACCCAAGUCAUAGACUGUUUUCUCUGCUACCACACGGCAAGCGGUAUCGAUGCAGGACCAUGAACAGCUUCUACCCACAGGCCAUAAGACUACUAAAUAGUUAAUCAAAUUGCUACCCGGACUAUUUGCAUUGACCCCCUUUUUUACGCUGCUGACACUCACUGUUUAUUAUCUAUGCAUAGUUACUUUACCCCUACCUACAUGUUCAUAUUACCUAAAUUACCCCGACUAACCUGUACCCCGCAUAUUGACUCGGUACCGGUGUCCCCUGUAAAUAGCCUCGUUAUUAUUAUUUUAUUGUUACUUUUUUUAAACUUUAGUUUAUUACUUUUUUUUAAACAUAUUUUCUUACUUACUUUUAAAAAACUCUGCAUUGUUGGUUAAGGGCUUGUAAGUAAGCAUUUUAGGGUAAGGUCUGCAUCUGUUGUAUUCAGCGCAUGUGACAAAUACAAUUUAAAUUGAAGUUAUUUCCCAAUCUCUCUGUUGAAUACAGAUAUUAAGAUUCUUCCUUAGAGUUCUAUUUGCAUAGGGAAUUAUUUUGGUUUGGCAUUAUUUCACGGAUUGGUUUAUUCUACAUUUAUGGGUGGGCUAUGAAGACAUGUAGUUAUGAGAUAAAAUAACAUUAAAACAAAGUUUCAAUUGCAACUUACAAUAUAUCCAAGUGUGUUGGCCGUUUUAAAUGUUUGGUUUCUUUGUACCUCCCAUUGCGUCCUGACAUUUGAACCAGCAGUGGACCUAUCUAUUUGUUUUGCAUUGGGAAUUCUUUGCUUUAGCACAAAUUCACGGAUUGGUUCCUUCUUCUACCUCCCGUUGUCUUUUACCCCCUUCAGGUGCCUUUGAUCUGCGAGACCAAGCCCAUGAUCAGCAUCCAGCAGAUGACGUACCAGAAGAAUGGUGUGCACCAGCCCACUCCCUGUGGACCGGGGGGCCCAGAUGUGGCUCGUCUGAUGCAGCUGGAGGAGGGGGUUCGGCCGGAGCAGAGGAAGAGGAACCCCCACGCUCCCCAACACCAGAGGGAGCACAAGGACAAGGACCACUGCUCCAUCGACAUGAACGGCCUGGAGACCAACGUAUAG